CGUCUGUGUGCUAAACGAAGUCUCCCGCAGCCUCUGCUAAUCACCUUACCCUUCCUCUGGUGCGCGUGUGCAGCGGACUACAAUGCCCACAAUCCUUUUCCGGGAGUUGCGCCUCCGAGACUGGUCAAAAGAAUGGAUUUUACAGAGGCUUACUCUGAUACAUGCUCCACGGUUGGACUUGCUGCCAGGGAAGGCAAUGUUCAAGUCUUAAGAAAACUGCUCAAAAAAGGACGGAGCGUUGAUGUUGCUGAUAAUAGGGGAUGGAUGCCAAUUCAUGAAGCAGCUUAUCACAACUCAGUAGAAUGUUUGCGGAUGUUAAUUCAUGCAGAUCCAUCUGAAAACUACAUUAGGAGAAAGACUUUUGAGGGCUUCUCUGCACUACAUUUUGCUGCACAUCGAGGACACUGGAAGAUCGUACAGAUUCUUUUAGAAGCUGGGGCAGAUCCUAAUGCAACUACUUUAGAGGAAACCACACCAUUGUUUUUAGCGGUUGAAAAUGGACGGAUGGAUGUGUUAAGGCUGUUGCUUAGACACGGAGCAAAUGUUAAUGGAUCCCAUUCUAUGUGUGGAUGGAAUGCCUUACACCAGGCUACUUUUCAGGAAAAUGCUGAGAUCAUAAAGUUGCUUCUUAAGAGAGGAGUAAACAAGGAAUGCCAGGAUGACUUUGGAAUCACACCAUUGUUUGUGGCUGCUCAGUAUGGCAAGCUAGAAAGUUUGAGCAUACUUAUUUCAUCGGGUGCAAAUGUCAAUUGUCAAGCCUUGGACAAAGCUACUCCCUUGUUCAUUGCUGCUCAAGAGGGCCACACAGAAUGUGUGGAGCUUUUGCUGUCCAGUGGGGCAGAUCCUAAUCUCUACUGUAAUGAGGACAAUUGGCAGUUACCUAUUCAUGCAGCUGCACAAAUGGGCCAUACAGAAAUCUUGGACUUGCUGAUACCACUUACUAACAGGGUCUGUGACACUGGGCCAGACAAAGUGAGCCCUGUGUACUCCGCAGUGUUUGGAGGGCAUGAAGAAUGCCUAGAAAUGUUACUCCAGCGUGGCUACAGCCCCGAUGCCCAGAUGUGCCUUGUCUUUGGGUUUAGUUCUCCACUGUGUAUGGCUUUCCAGAAGGACUGUGAAUUCUUUGGAAUUGUGAAUAUUCUUUUGAAAUAUGGAGUCCAGCUAAAUGAAAUUCAUUUGGCAUACUGCCUGAAGUACGAGAAGUUUUCAGUGUUUCGUUACUUUUUGAAGAAAGGUUGCCCUUUGGCACCAUGGAACCAUAUAUCUGAAUUUAUAAAUCAUGCAAUUAAAGCACAAACAAAAUAUAAGGAAUGGUUGCCAUCUCUCCUGCUUGCUGGAUUUGACCCACUGAAUCUUCUAUGCAGUUCUUGGAUUGAUGCAGUCAGCGAUGACGCCCUGAUCUUCACUUUAGAGUUUACUAAUUGGAGGAGACUUCCUCCAGCUGUUGAAAAGAUGCUUUCUGCUCGUGCCUCAAACUCCUCUUGGGCUCUACAGCAACAUAUUGCUGCUGUUCCAUCCCUGACCCACCUUUGUCGCCUGGAAAUUCGGUCCAGUCUAAAACCAGAACACCUGUGUCAGCUGCCACUUCCCAGGAGCCUACAUAAUUACUUGCUCUAUGCAGAGGUUCUGAGGAUGAAUGAAGUUCCUGAACUGGCCGUUAUUCAAGAUGGAGAAAUCAGCGAAACUACUUAACACAGAUCAUGUCUUAACUCUGAAAACCACCAAGUCUAAGGGCCAUGGAGUACAAAGUCUUCAUGGUUUUACAGUCACAAAAGAUGAUUUUUGUUGGAGUAAUUGGUUAGGUGUUUUGGAGGGUGCAUUAGUUUAAUGCCACUGGGGGCUUCCUGUAAAAUAUAUUGUAAAUGCCACUUAUAUUACUUUCGAUUUAGCACCAGCACAUUUUGUUGUGACACUCAUUACCUAACCAUUUUUGCUUUACUCUGUUAAAGAACUGCGGUGCUGCUGCUAGUGCUCAAUGUGGCACAUUGCCACUCGUGAUUCCGUGCUUAGGGCUACAAGCUCAGAACGGAAGACACAAGACUUCACUGGAAGUGUAUACACAGGGGGGUUGAAUCUGUUGUUUUUAUUUUAUUUGGGGUUGAAUAUCUCAUGUUUAUUAAAGAAUUAUAUUCUUAUCUCUUAAUUCAGUCACUUUUAAGAAGAAUUGAUACUGACACCUCACGGGUAAACUCAGGAGAAGAUUUAAAAAAAAAAAAAGAAUAUAGAAAAUGAAUCAUCUUGCUGCUGUUGUGUUUUAUUUUUGUUUUUUCUUUUUCAGUUGAUACUCUGUUUGGCUAAAAAAUACUCUAUUUCUGCAAAGGCAAGAACAGAUCUAACCUCAGUUGAAAAAGAAAAUUAGGUUGGUAUUGGGAUAAAUGAGCUUUUUGUCAUAUUUAGGAUACUAAUCAGGAGACUGGGAGGAGCAGAAAGGUAUGUAUUCCUGUGUCACUUAGUAUCACAUCAGACAUUCAAGCUCCAUUCAGCCUCCAGAUCAGAGGGCAGCUUUGAUCCUGUGAAGCGAUGAUUCCCAAUUCUGUUAAUAUUAUAGUGUUUCUCUUUUUUAUUAUCUAGAUAGGUUAUCAAAUAGUCCAUGAAAUUCAGACCUCAGAGUCCUAGGUUAAUGAGACACCCGCCGCCUCAUUGAUUUUACAGCUGCGCCGUCUGAAUCUUAGAGUCGGAGGGGACUAAACGGUGGGUCGCGUGAGCUACGAGAGGAGGCUCUGGGGACCAACCUGGAGAGAGAUUAUGAAAGCAUUACCACUGUGAUAGACAACUAGAUGGGGUCCAAGGGAGGGCAAGUCUUGUGUCCUAAGGGGACCCUGUGGGAUGGGUCAGCAGGUUUAUCUCUGAUUGUCCUUUGCUCUGUGAUAAAAGCAGCAACGAAGGCCGACCAAAUGGUGGAGCCUUUGUUAAUGUCCAGACUGAACUCGGCGCAGAGGACAGCUAUAGCUGCUGCCUAUGGCAUGGAGACAGAGUUUGAAUGUGGGUAUUUGGGCAGACUUAGGGUGGAUAUGGAAAACCAGGUGGAAAUUCUGGUACUUAAUUUAAUAAAAUUCCAAGAAUGUAUGUACUAUGUAAUAUUUUUUAAAUGUCUAAUCUUUAUUUUUCCAAAUCCUAAGUGUCUGAUUUUUAGCAUGAUCAGUUUUUUCUUAGGGUGAAAUGUACAUAAAAUGUUUACAUUUGAGGGUGAGUCUUUUCAUGUGUUUUUGUUCAUGUUCAUAUAUGUAAUAAAAGUUCAACUAUCCAUAACUUAUCAUCGAGCUCUGAUCCUUAAAAACCUGAAAAUUAAUAUUUCAGAGACAUUUAAAAGCCCUUGAUAUUAAAACAAAUGAUUUUACUUACUGUGUAUAAUAUAUCUUUCAGACAAUUAAAAAAAAUAUUUUAUUUAUUGAUUUCAGAGAGAGGAAGGGGGAGGAGA